GUUGAGAGGCUGUGGGCGCUGUCUCCUAGGAAGUACCGAUCUCGCUGAGCUAUGGAGGACAGUGACGGCAGCGAUGCACAGCUCAGAGAAGAAAUAGAAGCUGAAUUGGAUAAAAUCAGCAUCUCUUCCUUGGAAAAUGAUGAGGCUGAAAAUGAUUCAGUAUCAGAAACUCAGAGUGACAGUAGUGACACUGAUUUACUUGAAUUGCCAGAGUCAGUUCUUCACUAUAUCAACGUCAUAAAGAACAAGAGUAAAGCUGCUGAGGAACUCAUUCUUCAGGACUUAGAAGAUACUGAUGUCUUCAGUGAUUAUAAGAAAGGUUGUAGUUAUGGCACAGUGUCUGACAGUCAUUUGCAUUUGAGAACUGGAUCGUUACUUGAAUCUAAAGCAAAUUCUGAACAAUUAAUGAAGAUAUUAUCGGUAAUAGAUAAAGAAGAAUUUAUCAGAAGUCUAGCUCCUUCUGCCAGAUGUGUUUCUGUUCCUGAACCUGUUACUCUUGAUAUGGAUGAAUAUAUUUUACCAGAUGAGGCUGAUUUGAGUUUUGGCUACUUUGAAGUGGAAGAAAGAUGUAGAAAAUCCUUUGAAGCUUGGCAGGAGAAACAACAAGAGCUAGAAGAAAAGGAUAAAGAAAUUCUGGAAGCUCAGAGUGACAGAGAAAGACAGAACUUUCAAGAGGAAGAUGAGAAGAGACAGUGCUGGAUGAGACAGUUUGAAGUUGAAAAGAAAAAAUUAGAGAAUCUUCAGAAGCAAGACCAAGAAAAAAUGAAUGAUGAACUCCAUAAAGAAGAGAAAAUAUGGAAAGAAAAACACAGACAACAUGAGGAAUUUAUCAGAAGCUUGCAUCUACAAAUGGAGGAGGAGAGAGCGAGAUUAAGUGAGCUACAAGAAAAAGAAAAAGCACGCUUAUUCAAACUGCGGCAUGAUGCAGCUGUAAAAAUUCAAGCCAGUUAUAGAGCAUUAGUAACUUACCGAAAAUAUAACCCAAUCAUAAGAGAGCAAAUUGCAAAGACGAAGAGGAAAGCACAGGAGUUGAAGGAGAGGGAGGCAAAGAUACGAGAGAAGGAGGAAGAAAGGAAGAGGAGAAUUGAAGAGGAGCAGAGGGUAAAGGAGGAGAGGAAGAAGAAGAUGCUGGAGGAAAGGAGGAGACGAGAGAGGGAAUAUGAAGAGAAAAAGAGCAUCCUGAGACAAGAGAGAGAAGAGCAACGAAGCAAGGAAAUGAUAAGACUGAGGGAAAAUGCCCACUCACCACUGAUCAUUACCUGUGCCUUAAAGAAAGGUGAAUGUCAUGGCAAGGCGCAAGCUAUUGCACAUUUGUCAAAGAAUAAGGUUACUAUAGCCAAAGAGUCAGCGGACAGCAACUCAAAAAAGCAAGAAGAUGCUUGCCUAGUUCAGCAAUUAAACAAGAGAGAAAAUACGCAUAAUCAGCUUGUGUUGAAGAAAUCAACGGGAAUAAAAUUAAAAUCAAGCCAGGCAGCUUUUACAGAAUUAAAAAUGAAUGAGAAAAAUGAAACUUUACCAAAAUUAAAAAUGAAUGAAAAUUUAUCAAAAAACCAAUGUUCAGAACAAUCUGCUGACCAAGAAAUUAACACUAAAACCAGAGACCAAAAAAAUGAAUUGGAAAACUCGGACCUAAAGGAAAGUGUGAAUGAACCGUGCCCAGGGCAAGAACUAAAGUCUGAACCUCAAACAGAGGAACGUGUGGAGCAUACCAUGAAGGAGAAUAUGGGACAAGAAACCCAAAAUCUAUUUGAAUUCAAUCAAGGAGUGAGUGAAGAGGACACUAAUGGAGCACAGGCAGUCAUCAAGGAGAAUCACGAGAGGUUGACUGAAGAGAUAGAAAUCAAAGAGAUGACAGAGCAAGACGGGCCAUCGUAUGAGGAGAAUAAUAGUUCCCCUAUUUCCAUGCAGAAAAGCCUACCCUCACUGAUACCAGACAAUCCUGAACCUGUACAAAGAAGUGUAACAUUGGAAGAAGACCAAGAGACUGAUUUAAAAUCAGAAAGAAUUGGGGAAAUAUCAGAAGGUGUACUGACUUGUGAUGUUGUGGCCAUUAACUUAGAUGCCUCUGUGUAUACAGAGGGCAAGGCAGACCUGCAGGGUUCUGUCUCAGGCAAAUUUUCUCCCAAUGAAGCAGCUGGUAGUCACAGUGCUAAUAACUUCUUGGUCACUGAAGAAGGGGAAGACUCUCCUAAAUCUGAGAUUGAAGAAACUCUGGAAAUAAGGAAGCAAACUAAGGCUGAAGGUGAGGGUGUCCUGGCUUGCUCUGUUUCACAGAUAACAGUUUUAUCUUCAGUUGAGGAAAGGAGACUAGCUUGGGUAAAAGCAUUUAAACCUUGGAACGAAAUCUUUGAGCAAAAUCAACUUAAGAAAGUCAUUAAAAAAAGGAGACUUGUGAAGUGCCCACCAAAUACAAUGCCUCCCUUGGAUCCAUCAGCCAUUCUCCAGGAUGGCCCUUGGAAAACUUUACAGCAGGUUACAGUCAUUACAUUUCAGGAUUUGCCUGGCUGUAGUCUCUCUACACUGGCAGAAUGCCCAAAUCUUCAGCUCCUGUCUCUUCGUCGCUGUGGACUAACUUCCUUGCAGGGCCUGAGCCAUUGCACAAACCUUAAGUACAUCGAUGCACAGGAAAACCACAUUGAGGCUGUCAGUUGUGAAAAUUUGGAAAAUCUCUUUGUUGUUCUUCUUAAUAAGAAUCUACUGAAUUCUAUUCAUGGUUUUGAUGGAUGCACUAAUCUCCAACGCCUUGAACUUUCACAUAAUAAAAUCACACGAAUCAGUGGUUUAGAAUCUUUGAAAUAUCUUCAACAACUAACUGUGGACCAUAAUCAGUUAAUUAGCACUAAAGGUCUUUCUGAAGUGCCCACCAUCGUGUACCUGGAUUGCUCACAUAAUCAUCUUACUGACGUUGAUGGCAUUGAAAAUUGUGGAUUGCUCCAAAUAGUAAAGUUGCAGGGAAAUUAUCUAAGAGAGCCUCCAUCUUUAAGAAAUCACGUUCUGCUCAGAAAGCUGCAUUUAGAUGACAACAGCAUCUCAAGUGUGGAAAGACUUUCUUUGUUUUGGUUGCCUUUACUACAAGAUCUAAGUAUCUCACAAAACAGCUUAGCAACAAUUGUACCACUUUUUCAUUUUGUGUCUUUGGAAAAGCUAGAUGUCAGCAACAAUUGUAUUUCUGAUCUGACAAAUGUCAUGUGUUGGUUCAAUGAAUGCUACUCUCUCCGUGAGCUUUGUCUCACUGGAAACCCAGUACUCCAGGAAAUAAACUGGAGACAUUCUAUACUUAAAACGUUACCUGCUCUGAGAGUCCUCAAUGGUGACAUGCUGAACUCUUACACCAACAUCUGUAUUGAAGAGUACUGUCCUCAAGACCUAAGAUGUUUCUUGGCACUUUGUCAGUACCAGCUUCAAGAGUUCAACUUAUUAUCUGAAAAAUACAUCAUACAGAAUGGGGACAUUCUCACUAUGCAUGCUGCAGACAGACUCUCACAGUACUAUAAAGACUUAAUGAGACUCAGUAAUGAAUGCAGACGUGCACAUGAACAAGGGGAUGUAAAUACCACCAAGAGGUCUGCAGCAGAAACUGAAAAGAACCAUACAGACUUUCCAAACACUGACAGCACAUGGCAAAACAAGGCUUUUCAUAAGACUAACAAUUGUGAGGCAGAAUCACCAGCUGUUUCUGUAAACCCGUUGGACACUGCAUCUAAACCUUCUGCAUCAAAUUGUGAAGAAGUGAAAGGAAAAAAUCAGGAAACACCUAUGGUGCAGAAGAGUGAACACAGCAGGAUCAGUAGUCUCUCCACCAGCAGAGCCUCCUUCAUAGAAAUCAAGAUGGCAGAUUCUCCAAUGAGUAAUCAUCACGAUGCUGAACAAACUGCAUCAAUCAAGGCAGCAAUGGUAAUCCAAGCACAGUGGCGUAGUUACAUUGCACGCAGACAGAUUAAUUGCUCUGUAAAAAUGCAUCCGAACACAACAGAACCCCUGCAUGAUGCCUUCAUCAAUACCCAGACUACUUCCAAUGAAGAAAGAAGAAAAACUAUUAUGAAUACCCAAGAACUAAGGGAGAAAGCUGCUCUUCAUAUUCAGGCAGUUUGGAAGGGCUUUAUUUUACGAAAAAAACUGGUGACUGCCCUAGAGGCUAUCAAGGAUGAAGAAUCUGGAGAAGAAUAUGAAGAAAUAGAUUUAGAGGAUUUUGAGUUUGAUGAGGACGCCUUGGAGAAAGACUGGCCAGCUUUAGAUUCCACCGGCUUCCCUUCACAAACACUGCCUCUCUCCAAGCAGCUGCCCUGGCCAAAGAACUCUCAGACUUUGAGGCAUGAUGGAACUUCAACUACUGUACCGGCUCGUCCAGCCCAAGCAUGGCUAUGCAUUGAGAAGGAAAAUGUGUUGUCGACAGAGGACACACAGUUAAGCAGCAGAUCAGAAAGCGGAACUUUAUCCUGGACACCUGAGUCAAAAACAAGUAGAAAGAGUUUACUACGAUCUGAAAAAGAAGAAAAAAUUUCAGAAGAAUGGGGCUUUAAGGAUAUCUCUACAGCUCAGCAAAUGCUAAAGAGAGCAAAGAAAAUGAAAUCAAAGAAAUUAAGGAAAAAAUUAGAACCUUCUGUGCGACUAGCAUUAUUCAAAAAAAACAAAAAUAAAGUUUCUGUUACAAAGUCAUCAAAGAAGACACAGUUCAGAAGAGACGAUUACUUUGAGGUACACAUUUCUCCCCAAGAUGAGGAGGAAGAGGCAGUCUCCAAGGCAACUGCUGCAAAGGAAAAGUUAGAAAGGAGUAAGGAAUACACCUACCAGUGGCUUCAUACACAAGUUGGCUUUCCUGAAGCAGCUAGUUCCAGAAACCUGAAAUGCAAUCACUUCUUGCCUGAGUUAGAUCCAGAUGUACUCAAUGGUGGAAGAGUUCAACUUGUGGCAAGACUUGUAAGCAGAGAAGACACGGAUUUGGACCUUUUUUCCACAACCAGUGCAAGCGCUUUGUCUGUGAACAAAGAAAAAAAAAGCCAGACACACAGAUACUCGGCGGGAUCCUCAAGUAAGCUAUGGUUUCCUUCAGAAUUAAUUUAA